GGCGGAAAUGCACCGCAAGUCAUGUUGCGGGGUCGAGAUGGAGGGUGCAUGCGCACCUCCCACGUCACCCCUCUUGGCAUUUGUAAUCGUAUCCAGGGUAUUUAACGCGCCUUGAAGGCAUCUCUUGGGGCCUCUAGGCUUGCAGCUCAACUCCACGCAUCUUUGCUGUUGAUGACCGCCAGACUAAAGCAACUAAGCUCGCACCUGACAAGACACGCCAAAAUGGGUAUCAAGACCGAUUUCCACCUCUACACAACCGGCACGCCUAAUGGCAUCAAGGUCUCUAUGCUGCUCGAGGAGCUUGGCCUCGAGUACAAGGUGACCGCCAUCGAUAUCAGCAAGGACACGCAGAAGGAGCCGUGGUUUUUGGAGAUCAACCCCAACGGCCGCAUCCCGGCCGCUACCGACACUCUGCCUGAUGGCUCGACCAUCAACCUGUUCGAGUCUGGCUCUAUCAUGCAGUACCUGGUGGACCGCUACGACCCCGAGCACAAGGUGUCGUACCCGCAUGGCUCCAAGGAGUAUUAUGAGGUUAACAACUGGCUCUUCUGGCAAAUGGCAGGCCUGGGUCCCAUGCAGGGACAGGCAAAUCACUUCUCCCGCUACGCGCCAGAGAAGAUCCAGUAUGGUAUCGAUAGGUACCGCAACGAGACCCGCCGUCUCUACCGCGUGAUGGACACCCAACUCGGCAAGAACAAGACCGGGUUCCUGGUCGGCGACAGGCUGACGAUUGCCGAUCUUUCGUGCUGGGGGUGGAUUGCGGCUCACGCCUGGGCCGGCAUCGACCUUGCGCCGCUCCCUCACCUGAACGCCUGGCUCGAGAGCCUGGUCCUGCGGCCGGGCGUGGAGAAGGGCCGCCAUGUGCCAAGCAAGCACACGGCUUUGGAACUGAGGAAACUGACCGAGGAGGAGCUGGAUGCUAAGGCUUCUGCGUCUCGCGCCUGGGUCCAGAAGGGGAUGGCGGAAGAUGCCAAGAAGUAGGUAGACUUUUUGAGAACGGGGGAUUUUUGUAGGGGAUGGGCAAUAAGUUCCUGUCAGGCUUCCAAACCGCAUCAUUGAUCUCCAGAACACCAUGACCCCUGUGCCCCUCGAUGGGCAUCCACGCCCUUCACAAAAAACGUGGCUGUGCCUUCGAGGAAUAGUAACGGGAAGAGAUACGAAAAUAGAAAGAGAAAUACGAAUAGCAAUAGGAAUAACGAUAAAAAAAAAAUAGGAAUGCUCACGGCACUAACAAUUCUACUCGAUCUUUGGGA